CCCCACCGCGCCCACCCGGCCCGGGGUGCCCCCCCCGCCCUGCCUCCCUGCCACCACCAGCCGCUCAUCAGCGUCAGUGAGCCGGUCAAGCGGGAGGGGGGCGGACUGUUCGGGAUUAAAGGCGGCUAUGUGACCUACCUGGUCCGCAGCCGCCCCCGGCAGGUGGGGGGGCAGGUGGGGGGGCAGGUGCGGCCCGAGGUGCGGGUGCGGCGGAGGUUCCGGGAGUUCGUGACGCUGGCGGAGAUACUCAAGGAGCGCUACCGCGGUUUCUUCGUGCCGCCCCGGCCCGAGAAGAACGCGGUGGAGGGGCAGCGCAUGACGGACGCGUUCGUGGAGGAGAGGAGACUCGCCCUGGAGCGCUACCUCAACAAGCUGGCCCGCCACCCGGUCAUAUGUGCCAGCGAGGAGCUGCGUCUGUUCCUGGAGACGGAGGGCGAGCUGGGCGACUGUCCCGCCUGGGCGGCGCUGCGACCCGCGGGUCAGGGCGGCGCCGUGCUGGAGGGCACUGCGCGGCUGUCCAAGCAGCUGCUGGGGCUGGACAGGGGGGUCACGGACCCGGAGCAGGCCGCCCAGCCCACCAAGAAGUCAGGUGACAUCAUGCGGGCCAUCCGGGAGACGGCGCGGAGCAUGCAGGUCCCCACCGCCUCCCUGCCCCCCGACGAGCUGGCGCUGCAGCGGGCGCGGGAGGAGGUGGAGGCGCUGCAGGGGGGGCUCACGGUCGCUAGCAGGGCGGCCGAGCGGCUGGUGUCCCGGUUGGAGCGCUGGUCGGGGGUGCAGGGGGAGCUGGGGCUGGCGCUGCUGCGGGCGGGGAAGGCGGAGCAGGCGGAGGGGGGGGCGCUGGCGCAGCAUACCUGCACGCUCAAGCAGAGCGGCUCCCUCAUGCACGACCUGGAGCGGCUGGGUACGGCACUGGUGCGGGCCUCGCGCAUUGGCCGCAGGGUCACGGGUCGCUGCGCCAUCGAGCUGGGCUGCCUGCACGACUACCUGGGGCUCAUGCCGGCCGCCCUGAAGGGCCUCCGCGCGCGCGACAAGGCGCUGCUGACCGCCGACACGCUGCAGGCGGACCUGGGGGCGCGGAGGCGGGCCAUAGCGGAGCUGGAGGCGGCGGGGGCCAGGGUGCUGGGGGGGGAUGCGGCCAAGGCAAAAAAGAUCGCCGAGCUGUCCGGCGACGUGGCUGUGCUGCAGCAGUCGCUCUCCGCCGCCACCGCCACCUACGAGCGCGUCAAGGCCACCAACCAGUCCGAGCUGUCCCGGCUGCGGGGGGAGAUGCGGGCGGAGCUGGGGGGCAUGCUGCGGGGCUUCGCGGGGGUGAUGGCGGCGUGCUGCCAGCGGGACACGGAGAUAUGGCUGGCGGCUGCCUCCGAGCUGCAGGCGACCCCCGAGCAGCUGCAGGCCGCCAAGGCGUGUCUCACGGGACACCCACCCGCCCCACACCAGCAGCACCAGCACCAGCAGGGGGAGGCGGCAGCGGGCAACGGCAGCAGCAGCGCACCCCGCGGUGCGGACCUCCCUGCCUCCACCGCCGCCGCCGCCUCCUCCCGCCCGCCCGCUGGCAGUGCUGCUGGCGGUGCUGGCAGUGGUGGUCCGCCUGGUCCCCGGCCCGGCUCCCCGGG